ACAGCCUGGAAAAGGUGUUAACAUUGCAGCCACUCUAAAAAAUCUCAACUUUCUUCAGUGAUGAUGGGAUUCACGUAAACUAAACUAAACUAAACUGGGUCUCAUUCCAUUUCAGACUUUCAGCUCUGUUGUUCAUUGUACAAGCUGGUUCGUUAUUCACAUUUUGCUCCCUCCACAAACCACAACAACAAAACAAGGUGAAUUUUCUUGUUGUGGCUUAGGAUUGGAAGUUGAGGGUAUAUUGCACACAACCUGUUUGUUUAUGGGUUGGUGAAGAUUUUGGAAAAACUACAAUGGUGAUGGUGAAACUUGCAAAGUGGGUUCCCACUGUUUUGGUUUUUAUUACAUUUUUGGUGAAUGGGUCAUUUGCCUUGUUCACUCCUAGUGAUAAUUAUUUAAUUGCUUGUGGUUCUUCCAAAAGCAUCACCUUCCAGGAUCGCACUUUUGUUCCUGAUUCACAGCAUUCUUCAGUGGUGUUGAAAACCACGAAUUCGAUUGUUGCUAGUUCAAAUUCCAGUGUGCCAUUGCCAAUCCACCAAUCAGCUAGGAUUUUCACAGAGAAAGCUUCUUAUAGAUUUCAAGUUGAGGAAGGAAGGCAUUGGGUCCGGUUAUAUUUUUACCCUCUUCCCAACUCUGGUCAUAAUUUGACUUCGGCUGCUGUAACAGUGGUUUCUGAUGAAUUUGUUCUCUUGAGCAACUUCACCUUUGGGAACUACAAUGGUUCUUAUGUGUUCAGGGAGUAUGCUAUUAAUGUUACCUCUGACACAUUGACUCUAACUUUCAUUCCUCCUACAGGUUCUGUAGCCUUUGUUAAUGCAAUUGAGGUUGUGUCCAUGCCAAAUGACUUGUUUGUUGAUCAGGCAUUGGCCCUUGAACCAACAGCCCCAUUCAGUGGCCUUUCAGAACUCGCUUUCGAAACUGUUUACCGCUUAAACAUUGGCGGAUCCUUGCUCACUGCCCAAAACGACACCCUGGGAAGGACUUGGGAGAAUGAUCAGAAAUACCUCCAUGUGAACAGCUCAGUAGUUAAGGUUUCAAUCAACCCUUCCAGCGUUAAGUAUCCGGCCGGCGUCACGCCCGAGACAGCGCCAAAUUGGGUCUAUGCCACUGCUGAAGCAAUGGGGGAUGCAAAUGUAGCCAAUUCGAAUUUCAACAUUACUUGGGUCUUCACUAUAGAUCCAAACUUCUCCUAUUUUAUCCGAGUGCACUUUUGUGAUAUUAUCAGCAAGUCACUCAAUACUUUAGUGUUCAAUGUGUUCAUAAACACUGACAUAGCUCUUGGAAGCAUUGACUUGUCAUCUAUAACUAAUGAUUUGUCUGUGCCUUACUAUAAGGACUUUGUUUCCAAUGCCUCAGCAGACAAUACUUUGUCAGUAAGUGUUGGUCCUGAUACUAUGGCUGACAUUACAAAUGCCACUUUGAAUGGACUUGAGAUAAUGAAAAUCAGCAAUGCAUUGAAGAGCUUGGAUGGACUUUCUUCAGUUGAGAGUCUCCUUCCUAGUUCAGAAUCAAACAAGAACAUAGGAGUAAUAGUUGGUUCUGUUGUUGGAGGUGUAGUUGCCAUAGCUUUGGUUGGUUUGUGUUAUUGCUGCUUGGCGAGAUACAAGUCAAAGUCUCCUGAACAGGGCCAUUCAUGGCUGCCUUUACCCUUAUAUGGAAACUCUCAGACCAUUACAAAAAUGUCAACAACUUCAAACAAGAGCGGAACGGCAAGCUGCAUUUCUUUAUCUUCAUCAAACUUCGGCCGGUUCUUCACUUUCCAAGAAAUCCAAGAUGCAACCAACAAAUUUGAUGAGAAUUUGAUUCUAGGUGUUGGUGGUUUUGGAAGGGUCUAUAAGGGGACACUUGAAGAUGGAACUUAUGUAGCUGUGAAAAGGGGAAACCCGAGAUCUGAACAAGGUCUUGCUGAAUUCCGAACAGAAAUCGAAAUGCUAUCCAAGCUUCGCCAUCGCCAUCUUGUUUCUCUCAUUGGCUAUUGUGAUGAGAGGUCAGAAAUGAUUCUUGUCUAUGAAUACAUGGCUAAUGGACCCCUCAGGAGUCAUUUGUAUGGAACAGACCUACCAUCUCUAUCGUGGAAGCAACGGCUGGAAAUUUGCAUCGGGGCAGCAAGAGGACUUCAUUAUCUCCACACCGGCGCAUCUCAAAGCAUAAUUCACCGAGAUGUGAAGACGACAAACAUCCUCUUAGAUGAUAGCCUUGUUGCUAAAGUUGCUGACUUUGGCCUCUCCAAAACUGGUCCUGCUCUUGAUCAGACUCAUGUGAGCACUGCUGUUAAAGGCAGUUUCGGUUAUCUCGAUCCUGAGUAUUUUAGAAGGCAGCAACUUACAGAGAAAUCUGAUGUUUAUUCAUUUGGAGUAGUUUUAAUGGAAGUGUUGUGCACAAGACCAGCCUUGAACCCUGUCCUUCCUAGGGAGCAAGUUAAUAUAGCUGAGUGGGCAAUGAGCUGGCAGAAGAAAGGGAUGCUUGAACAAAUCAUGGAUAAAAAUCUGACGGGGAAGGUGAAUCCCGCUUCGCUUAAGAAAUUUGGGGAGACAGCAGAGAAGUGCCUUGCUGAGUAUGGAGUGGAUAGACCACCUAUGGGAGAUGUCUUGUGGAAUCUUGAAUAUGCUCUUCAGCUCCAAGAGACCUCAUCAGCACUUAUGGAACCUGAAGAUAACAGCACAAACCACAUUACUGGAAUUCAGUUGACCAGUCUUGAGCCUUUUGAUAACAGUAUGAGUAUGAUCGGUGGCGGCGUCUCUGGCACAGAUGACGAAGCAGAAGAUGCUACUACAAGUGCAGUGUUCUCCCAAUUGGUUAAUCCACGAGGAAGAUGAGUUCUUCUCUGAGUGUCCAUGAUUCUGGUGAUACGCCAUUAAGUAUAGUGGCUGUUCUGGCCUUGGACUAAUUGAAAAGUCCUGAUUGAUGAGUGAAGGUUAUUUUCCAUUUUGUCAUUGCUUUUAUAGUCCAUUUUUUCCUCUUAAAGCAAGUUGUUAUGUAACAUUUGAGUUGUACCUACGGGUGCCAAUUAGCUGGUUAGAAAUUGUAUGUAAGGUAUCCAUAAGACUCUGUUGUACUUUAUAAAAGGAAAUUAGGAGUUAAGCUCCACUUGUUCUUACACAAUACAAUAAAAGUUCUUUAGAAAAUCA